UUCUCCCGUGGGGAGGAGCUUGGUGCUUCGCCCCUCAUCCGCAGCAGCAGAGAAAGCAGAGGCGGAGGAGAAGGCCUUCCAUCCAUGAAAACCCUAAGCGGGAUUACUCCUUUCCCCUUUCACUUCCGCCCCGGACCUCCUCUUCUUCGUCCUCCCGGCUUUCCUCUCCUCAACUUCAAGCGUUGCCCUCCUUUCCGUUCCUCUCCGAGCCUCUCUGUCUCUCCCCCUUCGUCUCUCCGUAAGCCCUUCCUUCUAUAUUCCGCUGCAAAGGAACAUGGGGACAAUGAAGGGGAUUCGCUGCCGCUUGUGAACGGGAAGUCGCUCCAGGGUCCUUCGCCAAAUAAGUUCCUUCAAGUCGUUUUAGUGUCUCCUCAGAUUCCUGGAAAUACUGGUUGCAUUGCAAGGACAUGUGCUGCAUCAGCCAUCGGCUUGCAUCUUGUUGGGCCACUAGGUUUUCAGGUGGAUGAUACAAAACUCAAGCGUGCAGGAUUGGAUUACUGGCCAUAUGUGGUUGUCAAAGUUCAUAAUUCGUGGGCUGAGUUUCAAGACUACUUCAGGAAGCAGGAUGGUGAGAAAAGAUUGCUGGCAUUCACCAAACGAGGGACAGAUAUACAUUCUGAUUUUUCCUACAGAAAGGGUGAUUGGCUUGUGUUCGGCUCUGAAACUUCUGGACUGUCAAAUGAAGUCCUGCAUGAUUGCAAGAGUGAGACAUAUGGUGGUGGCACCCUUCGGAUACCAAUGGUUGAAACUUAUGUUAGAUGUCUUAACCUUUCUGUGAGCGUGGGAAUUGCUUUGUAUGAGGCAUGCAGACAGUUGAACUAUGAGCAGCUACGAUCAUCAUCAAGCACUGCUAACGACUAUGAGCAAGCAUUCAUUACAGAAGAUAUUUUUGCCUGAAACAUUGGCGUAGUGGCUGUUGAAAUUUUUUUUUAUUUUCAAGGAGAUACAUCAGAAGUGAGCCAUUACAGAGUGCAGCUUGACUAUGGCUUGUGCCAGGAAGACGUUCGUUGAAUUGGAUCAAAGAACAUGCUAUUUAAAUGCAUAGUAGAUCCUGCUCUGACUUCAUCCCAGCACUGUCUAAAUUGCCAAAGCACUGUAGAAGAGAAUACAAUAUUUCUGUCAUGAAUUGUUGGCUGUAGUUCUUGAAGAAUGCUGGAUGUUCUGCUGGAUGUUCUGCUGAUGGGGCCUUUACAGCUUCACAAAGCUGAUCCAAGUUGCUGGUGAAAUCUCCAUUUAGUUGACUGGUUUGUGGUAAUCAGUCUGAAAGGUUCGUAAUCUUUGUUUAUUAGCUUUUCUUGGAUUAAGUAAUAACUAUUGAGAAUGAGAGUUAUUGGGCCGGUUAGUCCAUAACCUUUUACUUAUCGUCAAUGGGAAUGGAAAAUAUUUGUGACCUGAUUGUAUGCACGACUCUUCUGCACUUUUUGGAGCGAAUGAAUUUGGGGUAAAA